CGGAUCACCGAUCAACGGAAAGAGCCAAAGAUGUCAGCUCGGUCAUGUGAUCAGCUGUGUCCAAUUACAGCUGAUCGCAUCAGUGCCACCUGUCAGUGUCCAUCAGUGCCAACUGUCAGUGCCCAUCAAUGCCGCCUGCCAGUGCCCAUCUGUGCCUCAUCAAUGCCACAUAUCAGUGCCUACCAGUGCACAUCAAUGCCACAUAUCAGUGCCCAUCUGAGCUGCCUUUCAGUGUCACCUAUCAGUGCCAGUCAGUGCCACCUAUCAAUGCCAGUCAGUGCCACAUAUCAGUACUGCCAAUCAGUGCCGCCCAUCAGUGCCAGUGAGUGCCGCCUAUCAGUGCCAGUUAGUGCUGCCUAUCAGUGCUAGUCAGUGCUGCCUAUCAGUGCCCAUCAGUGCUGCCUAUCAGUGCCACCUAACAGUGCCAGUCAGUGCCACCGUACAGUGCAAGUCAGUACUGCCUAUCAGUGCCAGCCUGUGCCGCCUAUCAGUGCCACCUAUCAGUGCUGCCUAUCAGUGCCAUAUAUAAGUGCUGCCUUUCAGUGCCCAUCAGUGAUGCCUGUCAAUGCCCAUCAGUG